CCAUUUCAGCUGCGACUGUCAAGAUUGGCAAAGCGCUGGCGCUGCUGCGUGCAGGUAAAAGGAACAAGCGACAAAAAAAAACAGAAAACAUUUAUCCAGGCUGAGAGCGAGAAGUGAGAUGGAAACGUGGGAACCUUUUUGUGCGGCACAACCUCAAAAACCAGCUAUUUAAGUCGGCGAAAAAAGCGCAACACCUUCGGCGUCUCGGAAGAAAGUGCCGUUGUGUCAACCAUCGCUGGGCUCGCGGGCACGCUUUGUACAGCGAGCAAGUUGGACAGCUGCGUGUUUUCAGGCGAGCCAUCAACAAAGAAUGAAAGCAUUCAAACGAGCUCUGGAAGAAGAGCGGCGCCCGGAGCAGGAGCACUCUUCGGCUGUGUCGGACAGCGAUGACGGCUCCCCUCUCGACCUGUCAGGAAGAGGGCUCUUUGGGAAACGCCGUCGCCGUGGUAACCUGCCCAAAGAGGCGGUUCAGAUUCUCCGGAGCUGGCUGUACGAACACCGUUUCAACGCUUACCCGUCAGAGCAGGAGAAACUCAGCCUGUCGGGCCAGACCAACCUCUCUGUGCUGCAGAUAUGUAACUGGUUCAUCAAUGCACGUCGCCGCCUGCUCCCUGACCUUCUUCGCAAGGAUGGCAAAGAUCCCACCAAGUUCACCAUCUCUCGUAAGGUUGGUGGUAGAAAUGAAGGGCACUCGUCUAAUGGAGGUGGAGGCAGCUCUCCAGAGAGAAGCUCUGCUCACAGCUCAUGUCAGCUGCGCCCAUCUGUCAUUCGCUCUGGCCCUACUCUGGACCUCAGUCUUCUUGGGAACACAGCGACAGCUAUUCUGACGGGAGCAGGCUACCCUGGUAAAGAAGGGUCAGUCCAAGCGCUGAUGAAGCUGGAUACACAAAGUCUCCUAAGAGAAGCAGAGGAACAGGCGGCUCAUAAGGCUUCUCUCACCAGCACAACAAUAGCAGCUAGCCCCACCAGUGGCCUCUUCAACACGCCUCCCCCGACUCCUCCAGAGCUGUUCCCCAGCCAGGACUUCAGUGACUUGAGGCUCCUGGUAGAUGCAGCUCUGCAGAGGGCUGCAGAGCAGGAAAACCUGAAAAGACUCAAGGAGAGCCAGAACAAACCCACAGAGAUGCUAAAGACUGAACUAGUCAAGGCACAGUGUGGUGCUUAUAGCAGUGACAUGGGCCCUACCCCUCCUCCAGAGGACAGCCAACAAGUCAUGGAUCCCUCAAGAGUGCAGAGUCUGAUGGAGAAGGCUAUGGCUGUUCCAGUGCCAGCUGUAACUUCAGUUAAGGGUCCUGUGUCUGUGUCUUCAGCAGCCUCGGUCACAGUAUCAGCUCCAGUCUUGCUCGCAGCCCAGAGGAUAUCACCUCUCCCCAUGAAUAAAGUCAUCUGGAGCCCCUUGGAGAAGGACGCUGUCAGAGCAUCCAGCCCAAACCAGCCUCAACUCAUCCCAGCCCAUCUGCCAACCUUAGUGCCAGUUUCUGCCUUAGUCUUAGGACAGCCAAAUUCUCAGAAACCACCUGCUGCUCCAGCCAUCUCCCCAUCCCCAUCAUCAGCUUCAGCCUCAAGUUCAGUUCCAUCUCCACUGCCCACGACAUGUCCUGCAAGUGCAUCAGUGCCAGCUGCAAGGCCAGUCUCGGUGCCAUCACCAGUCCUACUGCCAGCCUCAAGUUCCAUAUCUGUCCCAGCUGCAAGCCAGGAUUCAUCCCUUACUGUAGCGCUUGUUGCAACUGCGCCUUCUCCAACCAUCACCUCUCUCUCAGCUUCUAGAGGAGUCCCACUUCCCCUACCAUUCCACAAACCCACCCUGAUCCCAGUAACAGUUUCAAGCCCAUUGCCUGCUUCAACCUCAGUGUCAUCUGCAGCCACAGGUAGUGCCUCGGUUUCUGCCCCUGCUCAGGCUUCAGCUGUUGCUUCAGCCCAUUCGACAGCAGCCAUCUGUCUGGGCCUCACUUCCCACCUCACACCUCCUCUACAGCCCUCCUCCAUGAGCAGCUCCAGCAGCAGCAGCAGUAGUAGCAGUAUUAGUAGCGGUUCACAGAGGAAUUCAGCUGUGGUGCCCAGUGUUUGGAGCAUGGUCCAUGCCGACACCAGGCAACCCACCCUUCAAGUGGUUAAGACCCCCAUUACCACAGUGUGGGGCCCUCAACACAAUCUGCACUCGGUGAGUGAAACUGUUAACUAGGAGCUGCAGCUGGUUUUUAUACAUCUGGGUGGGAGUGAGACCAGGCACUCGUUUAGGCUGGACAACACUGUAUAUAGAAGAGUGUAUCUUCAUCACCAGUCCCUUUUAACACGAAGCCUGAGCCUGCAGGAUUUACAGCAGCAAAUUAGAUGUGCAAGCUGGGACAAAAUAAAGUAACAGACAUGUUGCUUUGAACAGAUUUUGAAAACUUACAUUGCUGAAUACCGUGUUUUCAAUGGAAGCUGUUGCUUUGACAACACUUUGAUGCCAUUUGUCAAAGUGAACAUUCCUCGGUGCAGAGUAAAUGUUUGUAUGAAGUUUUUGAUGCCAUUUUCAAACCCCUUUCCACAUUUCAAUUUUGAAUGAGGAGGAAUAUAUCCCAUGAUUGUACAAAAUAUCAAUUGGUGUAAUUAUCAGCACCAGCAAAGUUGGCCUCUUCAGUAGCAGUACUGAACUUAAUUGAAUGUACAAAAGACAUUGAUAUCAUUGGCUAGCCUGCCUGUAAUCCAUUCCCCUCCAGGAUCAAAAAGGAGGACGUGAGUUUUUUUUUCUAUCUGUAUAGCAACAACUUCAAUCCUCUAUAGUUGUGCAAUUCAGAUUAAUUUUUUAACAUAAUUUAGUCUGUCCUUUACUCUGAUACAUUUCCCUCCCCUUUCCCUUGAUGUAGCGGAGCUGAGCAGAAGGAUAUUGAUUAUACUGCAGUGAUCCUGUCUAUAUGACACACUUCAGUGUGUGUCUCUAGUGCUCUCCUCCUAUCCUUCUGUCUCUUUAUAGCUAAGGGGAUUCAUCGGCCCUAAUUAACUGUCAUCUCAACUGCUCUAUACGUGCUCUUAAGUACCACGUGUUUCUUUGUUUGCCAAUUAAUUCUAUAAUCACAUUUGAACAAACAAGUAUUUUAUGUGUGACCUCGCUCAGCCCCCAUAUAGGAUGAAGAGGCGAUGAUCGCAUUCUGUUACAGAGAUGAGUAGCUUGGUUAUCUGUCAAUAUCAAACACCUCCCAACAAUGCUAUCUCAUAUGGGGCAUUCAGUACCCUUAAAUUUGGAGCCUUAAACCAGGAUUAAACUCUGUUGUGGAUGCUUACACAGACAGCUGCGAACACCAACGAUGCACAGUGGUUUUAAAUUCUGCUACUUUCUAGUCCACUUGGAGGAAAUGUUUCACAAAUAUGCAGGAGAUGAACAUUCACACUACUGCCAAACUGGUGCAUUGCUGACCUCGUAACAUAGUGUAAAUGCAUGGAGUUGGGCGAAUGAUGAAAUUUACGUCACAGACAUGGAAAAAAUAACACUGGCCUUGGGAUGUUGGUCAUUGUUUUUCAAAACCUGAAUGUCUUAAUAGUAGAAAACGGUGAUAGAUGCAUCUUGGCAAAGCAAAUGUAGCAAACUUACCAGCUGAUGUCAUUAACUUUCAUUCUUUUUUUUUUUCAUUAAGAGCUGUUUUUCUCUAAUGUGUGCUUUUCACUUUUGUCUAGAAAUGGUUGCUAUAGAUUUUUUAAUCAUUCAUAAAGGUCUAGUUUCCAUGAAACUGUGUUAGGAUGAAACCACAAUAUAUGUCUGAAUGCCACCUGGAUAUCUAAUAACAGUGGCAGUGCAUGGGGAAAAGUUGGGUUCCUAUGUGAAUAAUGCUGUAGCAGAACUGUUAGAUGAAUCUUCAUGUUUACCAGUAUCACUGAGCUGUGUUUAGUUUAAACGGUUAUAAUUUACAUGUGCAAGUUGUUGUAGGAGACAGAAGGAGUCUCAUGUUGGGUCCUAAUACUGCUGAGCACCAACCACCACAAUCAUUCCCAAAAAAAACUCUUUCCUUUUCUUGUUUAUGGCAGAUGUGAAAACACCAACACUCUUCUUACAUUCCUCUGAUUUUUGUUUUGUUUGUGCCUCCUCAUUGCCAUUUGUUUUCUGUGCAUGCCAGUAGAGGAUUUGGACAUUUUUUGUUACAGGUACUCAGUAGACCGAUGUGCAUUUAUACCUCAUUUUACACAGGUCAUGUCAGGCUUGGAUCAUAUGUAGAAUACUAAGUAUUAAAGUAAUAUUUUUAUUAUUCAUACUACAUUGUGCCACUGUGACGACACCUUAUUGGUUGUGAUACUGGAAAUAACUGGCCGAGGGUGAGGUUUUAUAUGGCAAGAUUUAUAUUAGGUUUUAGAUGCAAACUGACACUCAAGUCAGAGAAGACAAUGUGAUGACGCUUGUAAAUAUUUUCAAGGUCAAGUUUUGCUUUUGUUUGUAUGUGUUGGCAUGGACUUUAUCUCUGUGUAGUUUUGUUGCAGCUAAACGAGUUCAAAAAGUCUUUUUCUUUCCAAGUUCACGUUGUGAAUCAUCACUGAUUGUUGGCAGUAUGACUGGCUGCUGUGCCUUAAAACUACGACUGAGGGAUGACAUCCCUUUUUUAUAUAAAAACUUCUCAAUAGUCUGUGCAAUAUAUGCCUUAAACUUUAAUGUGUGUUUUGUAUGAGCAUUUCAAAGAAAUAAAAGUUCAGUUUUUAUAAAUGCUGUAUCUUCUGUCUUUGUUGCCUAUGAAAGGGAAAAAAGUUUUGUGGGAGUAAACACAGUCCUCAAAGGGUGUUGAAGGCCCAGAAAACACUUGUGCUGUCACCUUUAGUAUGCGUAAAGGAGUUGAACAGGAUUCAGUUGUCUUCCAAGUUGGAGCUUUUGGAUAUUUCCCUUAUGAUAUAUGAGCUUGACUCUGAAUCUAAGCAUUUGAUUGUAUCCUCAGUUCCAAUCAAACCUGAUCAAAACACGCACAAUUACUGUAAAGCAAAUUAGAGUUUUUGAAUGUCUUCAACAUAACAUGAUUGCUGUUGAUGGACAAUUGUGCAUAUAUAAUGUUAAAUGUAAGGCUUUUGCGAUGUACUGCAUUGCAAUAUUUAAAAUGAUAUUUUGCCAACAUGAUAAUAUAAAUAUUACCAAUACCAGUAAUUAUCUGCUCCAUGCUCCAACAUAGCAGGUGGUUUCAACUGAUAUUAAUGACAGAUGUUCAGCCUUAUGGAUCUUUUAUCAGUUUCAUCUGUUUGUCUCUCCAUUAUCCAUCCAUCAAGUGUAAUUGCUCUUUUUGUAUGCUUUUCUUCAGUUGUCAUUACCGAGUUUCUUCACUUCCUAUACUUGUCUUUUGAGUUUAAUGACUAAAAGUAGACAAAGCACACAAUUAUCAAAGAUGAUGCUGACUGAAACAUUUUUUUAAAUUUUCAACUGAUCUCACAACAAUAUGGCUAUUGUGAAAUCUUGUGGCCACAAUAAUCACGGAGAGAAAAUGUAAUACAUAAAUGCCUAAAAUUUGAAAACUUGUGCCAUUUGCUGAAUUAUUCGUUUUGCUUUCAGUGAUGACAUCUCAUUGUGGCAUGAGUCUGAUAUGUCCUUGAAAAGCUCAGAGCUUUUAUGUCUUUCAGUAUAUAAAACUUUUGAAAAAGUUUUGGUGGGAUAUUUGUGUUUGUGUGCUUAUCUACUACAAAUUAUGUUCACAUUAUUCCCAAGCAUGUUACUUUUUAUUAAUUUUUCAAAAGCAUACACAAAGCUGUGCCCAUGUCAGUGAAAUUUUAAUAUGUACUUGUGUACAGUGAGUAAGAAUUUACAGUAUUACCAAGAUAUGUAUAUAAUAUUAUGGGGGAAAAUGCUCAGUUAAAAUUGUUGUGUGUUUUGUCUCUUGUAAAUGAUUUACACUCUCUCUCACUCAAUUAGCUAGAGAGUCACCAAACCAUUACUGUUUAAAGGGUCACCAGAUAGUCACUGAUGCUGGAUUAUUUACUAUAUUUAUCAUAUGUGUAUUGAUAACAUGUUUAACUUUUUUUUUAAUAUCAUAUUAAUACUGGACUAUGGUGGCAUCUCUAUGUUGUAGUGAAUAUUUAUCUAUUCAGUUAUCACUAGAAGGUAGCUGAAAGGAAAUAUUUAGAACCAUUUUCCAGGUGAUUGCAUUAAACCUCAGGCGUUCAGGUGUUUGGCACUAAUGUGAAGUUCAGUUUACUGCUUCGUAGGACAAAUGGCUAAAGCAUCCAAAUGUAGUGAUUGUGCUUUGAGCAUGUAAAAUAAAUGGGAGACACUUGUUUGACAGAAAAGGACAUUUCAUUGGUCUGGUGCAGACAUGGUACAAAGACUUUUGAACGCUCCAAACACACACCUACUCUUACUUUAUUUGCCUGAGCAGUUCCAAGACUGGAUUCCUUCAGCAACACAGACUUACCUGAACCUUCAGCAAAUACACUCGACAGGAGGAAGACAUGACUUUAGACUACCGAAUUCUAGUUACCAUUUCAUCAUGGGUAAAAAUGCUUGCCACUUUUGAUUGUCAAAAAACACAGACAUUGCUCGAUUACUUUGUCCGUUUUCAUCAUAAAAUGAUACAAAUAUUACAGGGCAGGAGACAUGUUGCAGUGCUUGUGCAGGUGUGGUAGCUAACUGGCAGGAGGAGGUAAACAUGUAGCACUGAAUCUGGAAGUCCAAACAGCCCCCGCAUACACACAGACACACACAUUGAUGCUUAAUGCAUCUCCAAAGUCCGUGCAGGUUCCUUGCAAAUACCAGAAGAACUGCAGUCAAGGUGGAUGAAGACGCAGUCGGCUUGUAGCCAUGAGAUGCAGACACUGUGAUACACCUCUCUUAAGGUGGUAUGAAUAAAACUUAAUGACAACAACUGAAAAGUAGUGUGUUGUAGAAUAUUUCUGUGAAUCCCGAGACUCAACCUUUGAUAAACAUGUAGAUCAUAAAUGGAAAACUAUUCAUUUCUGCUCUUUUAUAUAAAAAAAACUUUAGGAUGCAGUAUGCCUAUAAGAAUUCGUAUUUAUUUUCUCUCAAAUCUACAAGGUUCACAAAGAUAGGAGCUAGGGGUUAGAUCUGUGGUGCAGUGUGUGUGCGGGGGGCCAGAGGCAGUCGCUUUCUCCCUCUA